AUGCUGGAGUCAGUGUGGUCUAAACAAGACGACCUCAACCAAGUUCUCGAUCGGCUGACCACAGAGCUCGAGCAGUUCGACGAGCUUGUUUUGCCUGCAUCUGCGGAAACAGACACAUCUUUGCCCACCAACAGCAUUAGCAGCAGCAAAGGUGUGGAAGCGUCGCAAAAGCUUAAGGACUCGCGAACGCGUAUUGCCAAUGUCAACGCCACGCUCAAGAGAGUGAGAGCACGGCUGGACAACGUAGCAAUGCUAGCACAGGCAAAGGUUUUACAGAACCAGAAUCAGAAUCAACACCAGCAGCAACAACAGCGAGAUAGUUUAAACUGA